AGCAGCCAUUUUGUCUUUCCGUUGCUGCUGCUGCCCGAGCUUCUCCCUCCCACCCGCCGCCGCUGGCCGCGAAACUCCAGUUCCCCCCCGGGCCCGGCUCCCGCCGGAUCGGCCGCCUGCGCCCUCCGGCCUUCCUGUGCCGGGGCCAGGGGCCGGCGGAGGCACGGAACGGCCCCGGCCUUCCUUCCCUUGGUGGCGCCGGCUCUCCCCGCCUCGGAGGCGCCGCCGCGGACCCCCGGCGAGGGCUGGGGCGCCUCUUCUUCCCCGCGUCCCCUGGCCCGCCGCAUGUGCCCCGCAGCUGCCUCCGCCCCGGGCGCCAGAGCCUGACCUUCCUCCUGCUCCUCCUGCCCUCCGGGAGCGGCGUGCCCGGCAACGUGCCCUCGCCCAGCGGGAAGCCCGGCGUGUCGCUGAGGGCGCCUCUUCAUCCCCCACCCCCCGCCCUCCUCCUCCUCCUCCUCCUCCUCCUCCUCCUCCUCCUCCUCCUCCUCCUCCCGCCACCCCUCUCCCUCCCGCCUCACCAUGUCCAGCGAGGAGAGCUACCUGGCCAUCCUGCGCUACCUGACCAACGAGCGGGAGCCCUACGCGCCGGGAACGGAGGGUAACACCAAGCGAAAGAUCCGUAAGGCGGCCGCCUGCUACGUGGUGCGCGGCGGCACCCUGUACUACCAGCGGCGGCAGCGGGACCAGCAGCGCUUCGCCGAGCUCGAGGUGGUGCUGCAGGCCGAGCGCCGCGCCCGCCUCAUCCGCGCCGCCCACCUGGCGCCCGACGGCGCCCACCGCACCCGCCUGCAGACAUGGCAGGGGCUCUCGCAGAAGUACUGGUGGCGAGGUAUUCUUAAGCAGGUUAAGGAUUACAUUAAAGAAUGCAGCAAGUGCCAGGAAAAGCUAGAUCGCUCUAGAUCUCUGUCAGACCCUUCUGAAAUGCUGGAGGAACUAGGACUGGAUGCAAAAUCUCAUGAAGACAGUAAUGAAACAGAUGAUGAAUUGAGUAAUACUGCAUCAAUCCCAGCUGCAUCACCAAAGCCUGUGAAGAAGCAGCCAAUAGCGAAGCAUGAGCUUGUAUUCGUUGACAGUAAGGGCCUUGUGAAGCAGUCAUCUUCCAAACAUUGUCUGUCAGUCUUAAACCAACUGAAUCAGCAGAGGCUUUCCAAUCAGUUCUGUGAUGUGACUCUGCUGAUUGAAGGAGAGGAGUACAAAGCUCACAAAUCUGUCUUGGCAGCCAACAGCGAGUACUUCCGAGAGCUCUUCAUUGAAAAGGGCGCUGUCUCUAGUCAUGAAGCUGUAGUGGAUCUGUCAGGGUUCUGCAAGUCCAGCUUCUUGCCUCUAUUGGAAUUUGCUUAUACUUCAGAAUUAACUUUUGACUUCUGUAGUAUGGCAGAAGUGGCCAUGCUUGCCCGGCAUCUCUUCAUGUCAGAGGUCCUUGAAAUCUGUGAAAAUGUGCACAAACAGAUGGAAGAGAAGCAAAUUACGGUGUACCAAAAGGGAGAUAUUCAAACAGUAGAGUCAACGCAAAAUUUAGCAGAGCAGACUGAAGUUGAGACGCAGCCUGUGGAUGGUGCUGAGCAACCUCAGCUCGCAGCCAGUGAAGCGCCAGUAGCUGUGAAUGGAGCUCCUUCCUCUGCUGGGACAGAGGAGGCAGCAGCACCCCAGCCUGACCUCCUGCCCCCAGAGCCUGCAGAGGCCACUCCGGAUGAUCUUUCAAAGCCUGUGGAGCAGUGUGAAACAGCUGAAAAUUACAUCAAGAUGCAGCUGCUGGAUAGCAUUUCAGAUAGCGCCGUGUCUGUUGUAGAGGCUGAGCAGUUGGCCGUGGAAGUCAUGGACAUGCAGUGUCAAGCAGAAAAUGAGGCAGAUGAAAACGAAAGUGGGAAAGCAAAUGUGGAUGCUGCUUCUGAAGACUUCUCGGAAGCACUCAAGCAAAAACUUGGCAAACAAAGUAAAGAACAGAGCAUUUCAGUUUCACAGCCAGAAAGCCUUGCUUCCAGCCAAGAUGAUACUUACAAAAGCAAGCUUCGCCAGCGUUCUGUUAGUGAAGGGGGAUAUAUCAGAUUGCAUAAAGGAAUUGAAAAAAAACUGCAAAAUAGAAAGACAAAUCCUAAAUCUGCAAUACAGCAGGUUGCCAUGAAGCUGGUACAAAGGGGGAAAAAAAUGAAACAGCCCAGGAGAGAGACCAUGGAAAAUAAUGAAGUAGAAGCUCAGCACAAAUGCACUGAGUGUGGAACGGUGUUCCAGCGGCGCUAUGCACUUAUAAUGCACACACUGAAACAUGAAAGAUCUAAAGAUUAUAAAUGCCCAUUGUGUAAAAAAGAAUUCCAGUAUGGUGCCUCCCUGCGAGCCCAUCUUGUCCGGCACACUUGGAAGACUGAAGUGAACACUGCAGCUGCUAGUGUGGAAGAGACAGGUGCAUCUUCGGUGAAAGGGAGAACUAAACGGGAAUUUAUAUGCGAUAUAUGUGGGAGAACUCUACCUAAGCUCUAUUCUCUCAGAAUACAUAUGCUCAAACAUACAGGUGUAAAACCACACGCAUGCAAGGUUUGUGGAAAGACCUUUACCUAUAAGCAUGGAUUAAAAAUGCACUUAGCUCUCCAUGAAGUACAGAAACAGUUCAAGUGUGACUUGUGUGAAAAGUCUUUUGUGACAAAAAGAAGUCUGCAGGAACAUGUGAGCAUUCAUACAGGAGAAUCCAAGUAUCUUUGCUCCAUCUGUGGAAGAUCUUUCCACAGGGCAUCAGGACUCAGUAAACACAUAAAGAAACACCAGCCAAAGCCUGAAGUUCGUGGAUAUCAGUGUACUCAGUGUGAAAAGAGUUUCUACGAAGCUCGAGAUCUUCGGCAGCAUAUGAAUAAACAUUUAGGUGUGAAGCCAUUUCAGUGUCAGUUCUGUGGAAAAUGUUAUAGUUGGAAGAAAGACUGGUAUUCUCAUGUGAAGUCUCAUUCUGUCACAGACCCUUAUAGGUGUAAUAUAUGUGGUAAAGAAUUUUAUGAGAAGGCUUUGUACAGAAGGCAUGUAAAGAAAGCCACACAUGGUAAAAAAGGAAGAGCAAAACAAAACCUGGAACGAGUUUGUGAGCAUUGUGGAAGAACAUUCACACAACUCCGGGAAUAUCGGAGACACAUGAACAAUCAUGAAGGUGUGAAGCCAUUUGAAUGUCUCACUUGCGGUGUAGCCUGGGCCGAUGCGCGUUCAUUGAAGCGUCACGUGAGGACGCACACUGGGGAACGACCGUAUGUCUGUCCAGUGUGCAAUGAAGCUUACAUAGACGCCCGGACGCUACGGAAGCACAUGACCAAGUUUCAUAGGGACUACGUGCCCUGCAAAAUUAUGCUGGAAAAAGAUACUCUUCAGUUUCAUAACCAGGGGACGCAGGUGGAGCAUGCCAUCAGCAUUUUAGCAGCAGACAUGCAGGAGCAAGAAGCCGAGAUCAGCAUUGAUGGUGGAGAGAUUGAGACUGUGGUAGUGACAGGAGAGACGCUUGAAGCCAUCGAAGCGGUUGCAGCUACUGAGGAGUGUACAUCAGUCUCUACUCUUUCUGACCAAAGCAUCAUGCAGGUGGUAAAUUAUGUGUUGGCGCAACAGCAAGGACAGAAGAUGGCUGAAGUGACACAGGCCAUUGAAACUGUAGAAGUUGAAGUGGCCCAUGUUACAAAGACUGAAUAUAGUAUAUGAGAGGGCAAGAAGGGUUGAGGUCUUAUGAUCUCUGCCAGCUAAGUAUUUAACUGGGUAUCUGAGGCGUACAGCGAUACCUACUUUCAAACAGUUAAUCCCCAGUACUGAAUGUCUUGGUGAUGAAAUACUGCACUGUGCAUUACAGGGGGGGAAAAGUUAAGAUGCUUCAUUGUGGGCCAAAGCUUUGAAGGCUGAGGUUUCCACACAGGCCAUAACUGUAAAAAGAAAAAAGAAAAAAAAAAAACAAAACAAACAAACAAAAAAACCAGAAGAACAAAACAAAUAUGUUGGAAUAAUGUUUCCUGUGUCAUAGAGUAUGUAUCUUGCUGUAACUUUUAAAAAAUGGAAAAAAAAAAACCCAAAACCAAAACAAAAACCCCAACAAAACAAAGAGGCUGCACUAAAAACUAGAAAUGCACAGCUAUCAGUAGCAUUUUUUUCCUUUUGUUUUUAUGUGCAUUUCAUCAAGUUUGUGAGCAAAUUACCUGUACUGGAUUCUGCCUGUUUACUCCCCAAGACAAGGGGAUGUUAGAAUGCUUCAUGCAGCGAGUGGUUCGCGUGACCUGCAGAAAAUGUGAGGCUUUUUACUUUGGGUAGAUGCAUGAUUGCCAGUUGGUGAAUCCCAGUUUUGAAGAACUUACUUAAAUGCCAGGGUGGUGGGUGGCACGUCCAGGGUUCAGCAGAAUGCUGUAAAAUGUCUUACAGAUGGUGGGCAGGGGUCCACUGGAGUCUGAGCAAGGGGUUCUCUGAGGCGAUUGUGACUUUAGGUUGACCGGAGGACAGCCCGCUGCAGGGAGACUGCUUGGGGGGGAAGUAAACCGCUUUUUAAUUUGAAGCGAGGAGCUUAUGCUUCAUCCUCUGUGCACAGCCGUGUUUUGUUCAAUGAUGUUUGGUUGCGUAAAGGAAGCUAUUGCCUGCGUCGUGGUAUGUAUCCAAAGCAAGCAACCUAAUGAUGGAUGUUUCUAAUUCUGCGUUACAUUUGAUGUAGAAACUCUCGAAUGAAAAAGGUCUAAUGGCACACCACUUUGGGAAUAUAAAUAUACUGGAAGAGGUCCCGCUAGUUAUGGUCUGAUCUUGUCUUGUAUCGUGUUGAAAGGAGGAGUCCUGGUAACUCCCAAAUGGGACACACAGCAAUAUCAGGAUGGAGAACUAUGAAAACCUUACUAUGGGGUAAAGAUUUAAAUUUUCUCAAAAUACCCAAGUCUCCAGAAGACCCUAUUACUGCUGCUAUAAGAAAAUACUUCUUGGGGCAAGCUAAUUCCUGGCAUUGCACCACAGAGAUGGAAAAAUUCUUACUAGGUUUUCCUGUGAGGAAGCAUGAAUCACGGCCAUGCUUGGCCAAAGUUUCAAUGUCUCUGAUUUAAUACCACAACCAGUGGUAUCUUAACCUGUACAGGGUGCGGGUUCUUUCAUCGUUGUUUGUGUGGGAGUUCUUUAAGCAAUAAACAUGUUGGUCGAGGUAACCGGAUCCGCUACGCACAUGAACAAUCAGAACUGUAUUCUUUAAAUUGUUCUCAGUCUACAGUGUUCUCCCGUUUCCCAACUUUGACAGCAGCAGGCUAUCCAAGGAGCCAGAAGCCUGUAACAUUGCAGGGUAAACUUGGUAAAUAAAGUUAGGUGCACGUAACUCUGUACUACCUGUGAAACAGACCCGCUGAACAGAAUCUAAGCAAAAUCUGUGACAAAGUAAUCACCUCAUUUGAAUUAGCAUUUCUGCCUUUCAUCUUAUUUAACUCUUUGAGUAUCUGUCUACUAAGCUACAGAAUGGACUAGUUUUUUUUUUACUUUGCAAGUGUGUAGAUAAGCAGUUGUUUGAAAAUUUUUUAAGCAACAUGUAGUUUGAGUUCCGGCCUUGGAUCUGAAUUAAUCUGUAGAUUACUAUUUCAAAGGUCAAGGUCUUCCUGCAGAGAAGUAACGUAGUUAUUUAUACAUCCUGCAGCCCUUUACAAUGGUAUGCUUUUCUAAUUACCAAAUGGAGUAAAACUAAAAUGAAAACUUAAAAAAAAAAAAUACUGCUAGCUGUAACUCUUGAAUUUUUGUAUGGUCAGGAAUCUGGAGAUAGCCAUCCUGCUUAACAUUACAAUACUGCCAUUAUGAUGAAAAAAGAUUUAAAAGAGCACUAGGUAAACUUUAAAAGUUACUUAAAUGUUUGUACCUUACAAAUAAUUAUGUAUUACUAAAGUGAGGAAAUGUUCAAGGAAAAAUAGCUGUAAAUAGUGCUAGAACAUUAUUUGUAUAUUUAGUGUGUUACCUUACAAGAAGAAUAUUACCAGCACCUGAGUUUAACCUUCGGUGCAUUUAUUUAUUUGCCCAACCUACGGAAGAGACAGAAGUGAAUCUGCAUCUCAGAGCCUUGUUUACCCACUGUAAAAAAUGCUGUAACUGACUUGAUGGCCUGCCAUUUAAAAAUGAAAAACAAACAAGCAAACAAAAAAAAAUCACAAGAAGUGGUUUCCUGAACAAGACUCAGCCAGGAGCAUGAAGGCUAAAUGUUGCGGCACCCCUCUCGUAGCAUUCUGUGCCUUACCUUUCAGAAGGGCAUGAGGUAAGUAGGGAGUGUCACUCUUAGCUUUGCUGUUCCUGUAUGCAUGAAGUUGCCUUAUGUUUUAAUUUAGAUUUCAGCUCUUCAAGAUGUUCACUGCACUUCUGCAACCUAUUUCAAGUCAGACUGCAAAUGUGCAAUUGAUGUAAUUUAAUUUGAUUUUUUUAAAUAAGGAUCAGGAGACACGUCCAUUUAUAAAAUAUUCCUAGUGAAUUCCUGUACAUAACUGAUUUGAUCUGUACAUUCUGCUGUUUUUAUUUAGUGUUAGAUGUAUAAAGUUAUGAUCAUUUCUGUCAUUAAAUAAACUGAGCUUUGCCAUGAA